GUUUUUUAUGAUUUUAAGUAGAACUGCGGUUAUCGUUAACGGGCAUUUUAUAUUUCAGAAUUAAGACGUUUCAAUCGGGGUCAAUUUAUCAGAAUGGAGCGGGAUCCCCAGGAGGUUGAAGGGGAGAGGGACGGAUUACCGAGACCAGAAGAUCUAGAAAGAUAUCAGAUACCUCUGGAUCGGGUAAACUAUGACCGGGAACGAAGACAGGAAGAAUAUGACCGGUACAGACGCGAACAAGAGCGUGUGCGUGAAGAGGAGGAACACAAUUUGCGCCAGGACCAAGUGCGUAAGGAUUGGGAACGAUUACAACGUGAGCAACAGGCCUUCACGGAGUAUGAUCGUUCCCGAGGUGUUCUGGAACGUAUCCCCGAAGAACCUAUGCACACACCUCAUAUUACGGAACGUCUCGAUGACGUUGAACAGCGUGAACAUGAACGUGAGCUUCAGCAGCAGAACGAUCUUGUAGAACUAGCAUCUGCUGCUCAGGAGCACAGUCUUCAGCAGCAUCUAGUUCUAGAGAACCAACUUGUACCUGGAGAACAGAUUGUUUAUCAACAAGAACAUAAGAUUGACGUACCUGGGCAUGGGAUCAUUGUGAUGAAUAUUGGUAUUGACAACCACGUACCUCAGAACACCAUUCUAAGGAGUGGUAUAGAGGGGAUAGAGGAACAAGAGCAGAAAUAUAAUACUGAUAAUCAUAUACAGGUUGUGAAUCUAAAGAAACCUAUUUUCUUCUCUGAGCUGCAUGAAUUCUACGCCAGUGCCGAGCAUACAGACACCAUUAUACGGUGCAAGGACGGAGACCGCAGAGCGCAUAGUAUUGUGCUUGGAGCCGCUAGUUCUCUGUUCCGGUUCAUGUUUGCUGAGAUCUCAGAAAAGAUUUUAGACUCUGAGUAUAUUAUAUCAUUCCCUGAUAUAACAGUCCAGGAGUGCGAGGAGCUGCUGAAACCGGUUUAUGGGUUCUCCCAGGAGCCUGGUCAGGAGACUGUCAAGACAGAUGCCUUCGGGUUCAACCUUGAUUUUAACGAGGGAGGUAUGUAUGAGGCUCGGAUGAGAAAGGAGAGGGAGGAAAGAGAAGAAAGGGAAAGGGAAGAGAGAGGAUGGAUGAUUCCAGAGAAUCAAAUUAAGCAGGAGAGACGAGGAAAGCGUGGACGAUAUGAUAGUUUAAUCGAGGACGAUUCCGAUGAGGAUUUUAAACCGCGGAACAAGACUAAGCAUGGAUACGCAUAUGAUAGUUUUGUAGAGGAGAGCAGCUCAGACUCAGAAGGUCGAGUAGAUUAUGACAGCGACGAUGACAUCGACGACGAUCUGUUCGACGAACGGCCGAAGGGGAAGAGAGGCCGGAAGAAGGGAUCGAAGAACACGAGGAAGUACACGAAGCGUAUCAAGGAAAAUGGGGGGGAGCCUAUGCUCUGUGUCAAGGAGGAGGCCAUCGAUAAGACGUUCGACGAGUUCAACGAGAUGUUCCUCCAAAAGACCCAAGUUACCCGGAAUGCAGAGAUAAAGUUUGCGCAGGAUCACAUAGGAUUCUACCAUUGCCAGGAAGAGGGAUGUGCUUUCAAAACCAUGGUCCGUCCAAGUAUUCAUCAACAUCAUAAGUUUACUCAUCAGAACCUUCAUGGUUAUCAGGAAGCUCUGCUGGGUUGUAAUAAUUGUGGAGAAAGCUGGGUUAAUCAGAUUCAUUACAGGAAACAUAUAGACUCGAACGAAUGCCGCGCACCCAACAAUGUUGUACCGUACGUUUGUGAAAACUGCGGGGCAGGCUGGUAUAACCUGACUAACUAUACUAAGCAUGCUGCAGCUAGAGAAUGUAAAACCAACACUAGCCAUGAAGGUAAACGUCCAUGCUCUAAUAGUUCCUGUCCUCUAACCUUCUUCUCCGACAAGAACAGGGAGACUCACGAGAAUAGAGCACAUAAACCCAUAACAGCCGGGACAAUGUACAGGUGUGCUAAGUGCAAUAUUAACUUCAUCAACCACAAGGAUUACAACAAGCAUAAGAAGGAUGUUCACAAUGAGAAACCACGUGGAGGAUUUGUGGUUUAUGUGUGCAAGGUGACUGGGUGUGAGUACACUAACCCGGAAAGGAAAAUAUUUGAGAACCACGUGAGAAUUGAACAUCCGGACGAAUGCUGGAUCUGUGAACUCUGCGGUAGAAACUUCUCAGAUCCUAUAAAACUUGAGCAGCAUCAUCAGAAUAACCCUGGCGGCCGGGGAGGGAAGCGCUGCCUACCGGUCAACUACAACUGUCCCCACUGUCCAAGGGAGUUUAACCGGAAAAGGCAUAUGGAGCUUCACGUUCUCUUUAAACACACACAGGAGAGACCGUUUGGGUGUGAUCAGUGUGGGAAAAGGUUUAAGACGCGGCAUUGUGUCAACGUUCAUCUUCGUUCCCAUGGUAUUGGAGGAUAUAGUUGGUGCUGUGAGGAAUGCGGGAAAACGUUUAACCAAAUAUCCGCCUACCAUACUCAUCUCAAGGCAGUUCAUUCUAAUGUAAGAGACUUUGCUUGUGAGGAUUGCGGAAUGACGUUUAAGCUGAAGCACUCCUUGAAAAAGCAUCAGCUUGUUCAUAAACCUGAGUUCGGCCAUACUUGUGACUUCUGUGGAAAAAAAUUCAAGAGAUCUGACAACCUGAUAAAUCACAGGAGAAGGCAUACUGGAGAACAUCCGUACAAAUGUGAUAAAUGCAACUGGACAGGUCCUGACAGCAGCAGUUUUAUCCAUCACAAGAAGAAGCACGCUGACGUCGUUCAUAACUCUCAGGAGUUGAAGUUGAUGCACGCUAUAGCUAAACUACCCGGGCAUCUGCUGGACAGGGACGGGAUGAACGGGAGGGAUAACCACUCAGAUAUUAUGUAGACUAUCGUGUCUCCCGUCAAGCAUAUCACUUCCAGGACCUGUGUCCGAAUUUAUAAAUUUUAGCCGCGUAUGAAAUCCGCCAAAAACGGUUUCAGUUAAGAGCCGACAUUAAAGACAAUUUUAAGUGGAACCAACCAUAUUUGAGCCGCGACUCAAAUUUAAGCCACGGCUUAAAUUCUUUAAAUUCGGCCUCUGGUUUCCUAGAAUCUGAUCUAUUAAAUCAGAAUUUACAGUUUAACAGAUUUAACAAAUAAAAUCCAAACAAAGUUUCCUCGUUUAUUGGAACAACAACACGCAGACUGAAUUAAGUUUUUUAGUGAUAUUAUGUCUCUUUUUUCUCCAGUUAUGCUGGGGAAUAAUUUUUCAAGAAUUAAUCCGCUAACCACAAAAAAAGGUUUUAACCCAUUUGGGAAAAAAAAGUUUUUCUUGGGGAUGGGUUAAGCGAAAGAAAUUGAUUUAUUUUAUAAUUAUUCCCUGAAAUUAUUCCAACUAGCAUAUGAAUUCAAUUUGUUGUACAACUUAAUACUAUUAAAACAAUUAUAUUUGGGACAAAUGUUAUAACUUUUUUAUUUUGCCGAAUUUUUUUAUGUGUACACUGAAUUUUGUACAUUACGGUGAUAUAUUUUGAACAUUUGUUCUUUUUCUGUGAAAACAAACAAGAUGCCUUGAAACAGUUAGCCUGGCUUGAAAAGCUGACUUAGUGCUAUAUUUCGAAUAAAAUAUUGUAGAUUUUUUAAACUUGGUUGAUUUUUUGCUUUAACACCGUUCUUGUUUUUUUGUUUUUCAAGAUAAAAUCUCUAUUUAACUUCUGUCAAUUCAUCUCAUUAAUCGCUUGAGAUUUUUGUGUCAUUUCCCUUAUUACUUAAUACGAAACGCUUCUUUCCCAUGAUGUAAAGAGACAUGUAACUUUAAUAUUUUAAUAUAUCACCCACCCACCCCGUGUACGGAGAUUGUUAAACUGAAAGAUUAAUAGUUUGCAAACAACCAUUAAAUAUAUUUUGCCACUUA